CCUGGAAACUGCUCUUUCUUAUCGCCUGCUCCACCGAUCUUCCUCCCUCUCUUCGUGCCGAAAACAACGAUUUCACGCCACCAAUUGUGAGCAUUCUGCAGCCAUGAAGGUUACUCUAAAAGAAUGGAACGCGGUCGCAACCUGGCGCUGGGAUAUGCCAGAAGAUGAAGUCUGUGGUAUCUGCCGCGUCCAGUUCGACGGGACUUGCCCGACCUGCAAAUUUCCCGGAGACGACUGCUCAUUGCUGCUUGGGAAGUGUGGCCACUCCUUCCAUAUGCAUUGUCUAAUGACUUGGAUUCAACAAGAGUCUUCCAAGGGACUUUGUCCCAUGUGCCGACAGAAAUUUGAAUGGAAACAAAACGACGAAUGAUGAACAUGCGCCAAGUAAUUGGAGUGAAUACGGCGUUGGAUUUGCAAUUGUUAUGAUACCCUCUGUUCUCACUACAUCUUAUUACUUGUCUAAAUAAUAAUUAUACAAGCAAGAAGGUUCAUCUUCCUUUUGGUUUGUACUGGC